GAAAAGGCGACGCAGCCUCUAUUUAUUGUGCCACAAGCGAUUAUCCCAGCUCUCAGCAGGCACCCUUUUCCACGAUGCUACGAUGAUUUCCAGCUGAGCUUCCCCGCCAUAUGCUCCUGUCCCUCCUUCCCAAGCUUGCUUGACAGCGCGAUGUAUCCUGCCCGAACGAAUAGUCCUCCACGCCCACCAACAAGAAGACAUUACUUAGGCCUAGUGAAACCAGGUGUAAAUUUGCCGCCGGCGCAAAUACAGUUUGAAGAGGCGAAUCCAAUUCCCGUCGCCAAAGCACCAACAUCGCUUUCAGCGUCAAACGAAGAAUUACCUACAAAGGGGUCUUUGACGCAGCUCCUCUGUUCCCGAUGUCAGACGAUUCAGAAGAGGAUGGAUGACACAGCUCGGCGUCGCCAUUAUAUGUGGACCGAGGUGUUCUCUUGGUCUUCGCUGCGACAAUCGCGUUGUGACGUGUGUCGAGUCAUAUAUCAAGGGCUGAAUGAGUUGAUUGCGGGUUACAUUCCAGACGAUUCUCAGUACUACGUCUGCUUCGGCCGGCGUUUCACGGUUCACUUAUAUCAUAUUCCACAAGAUGCAUACCCGCCUUCAUGGGAAAUAUCCAGCAGCAUCAAAUUCUUCUGCAAUCCUGCUGUUCCAUGUCCUUGGGGAAUUUUUUCUUCCUCACUAGUUCCCGACCCCAGAACUGCUAGGCUUGGAUCCUUCGCUCUAGCAUCCUCUUGGAUUAAAAAGUGUGGAUUAAGCCAUUCUUGUGUAGUUCCACGUGACUCCCAACUACCAAGUCGUGUUCUUGAUAUUGGUACGAAAUCCGACCGAAUCCGCCUUUUCAAGACCAAUGGACUGGUCGGCAGGUACACCUGCUUGAGCCACUGCUGGGGUGGUAAACAAAUAUUGAGGACAACCAAGGACAAUAUAAAGAGUCAUCUCGUAUCAAUACCGUGGAACGACAUUCCCAGGACGUUCCAAGAUGCCAUCAUAUUUGUCUGGCAGCUCGGUGUCCAAUAUCUCUGGAUUGAUUCUCUUUGCAUCAUCCAGGAUAAUAUUGAUGAUUGGGUACGAGAGUCGGCGGCCAUGUGCGACAUAUACGAGAAUUCCUGGCUGACCAUUGCGGCAACAUCAGCGUCAGAUGCACAGACAGGCCUCUAUCUGAGAGACGGGAAUGAGUUCUUCGAUGUCUGCAAUACCACGUCUACUGGCGCUGAAUAUCGAGUUCUGGCUUGCAGAAGUUAUCCACACCCAGAGCACACCAAACGGUGGUUUCGAAAUGACCGUUGGCCUCUACUGGAAAGAGGGUGGGUCUUCCAAGAACGUCUGAUAUCUCCAAGAGUCCUGCAUAUUUGCCGAUCUGAAAUGAUUUGGGAGUGCAAAGAAGAGAUGGUAUGCGAAUGCGGCGAAAGUCGACCGAUGGGAAAAGAGGAAUAUUAUCAAUCACUAAAGCAGCCUUCUUUAACGAAACUACUCAAGCAGUGGCAAAACUUAGUUGAAGCGUACUCCUGGCUCAAGCUAUCGUUUGAGUCGGAUAAGCUGCCCGCCCUCUCUGGGUUAGCUAAUCAAAUGGCUAGACUUAGACCUGACGCCAAAUACCUAGCGGGCUUGUGGAGUGACUCUUUGGAGCUGGAUUUAUUAUGGAUAAAUGCUCGUAUCGGGUCCGAAUACGGAAAACUGGACAGCAGAUCUUCUUUGUGGCGAGCGCCGUCAUGGUCAUGGGCAGCUUUAAAUGCACCGAUUAUCUUUCCUCUGAGCAACACUCACUACUCUCAACAUGAUAUAAACCGAGGCGAAAUGGUCGAGUCUUACUUCGCCAUAUUGGAUGCGCAAACCUGCCUGGCCACAAGUGAUCCCACGGGCCAAGUUAAGAGUGCUCGACUCACAAUAUGUGGCUCGCUAUUCGACGCAACCCUCUGGAUUGACAAACAAUUCAGUAACCCCGAAAUGUUUCUGCUUUCUAUCGAUUCAGUAGGGAAGAAAGUUCUACAGCGCCACAAUGUUCCGGACCGAGUGCUCUUCGAUGACCCUUAUGACCCAUUACACCUCGGCAGUGAAACAAACUGCUCCGGGGAAGGGAUAUCCUGUAUGCGCAUGGCGCGUGUAAGACACAGACAUUACUUUCCGUACCAAGAAGUGGUAGAGUUUGAGUAUGCCCUUGCUAUGUACCGCAAAAGUGAGUCGACUGACUACAAGCGUGUUGGAAUGGUUGUCCAGGAGCGGGCUUCGGAGUUGGCUGAGGAUUUGAUUAACCCUUCCGGGAUGUGGCAAAACUGGCCAAGCUACUUUGCCGCCGGUGGACUGCAACGUACAAUUGCCAUUGUGUAGGGUGUUUCUGAACAGGAUAUUUCUCUUUGUGCUGCAUCUUAUACAGUAUCUAGACAAACCCUAAUUGGAUCCUGUACUGCAUUAAUAUCUCUAUCUGAUAUUCACAAGUC